GGUACAGCAACAGAAGAUAUGGAUGCCCUGACAUUUGGAUCUGACGUCCUUCUUCGGCAUAUGACAUUUGCUGAAGCGAAGAAAAUGCCUAUCAAGUUCAUCGAUCUUUGCAUUUUGCUUGGAUGUGAUUACUGUGAAUCGAUACGAGGAGUUGGUCCGAAGAAAGCUUUUGAGCUUAUCAAAGCACAUGGCGACAUCGAGUCGGUUUUGGAGAAUAUUGAUACAAAGAAGUACCAAAUACCGGAGAACUGGCCGUACAAGCGCGCCAGGGAGCUAUUUCUCCAUCCCGAAGUGGCUGAUUGUGAAAGCUUAGAAAAGUACCAAAUACCGGAAAAUUGGCCGUACAAGCGGGCCAGAGAGCUGUUUCUCCAUCCCGAAGUGGCUGAUUGUGAAAGUCUAGAGUUGGUUUGGAAAGAGCCAGACGUUGAUGGAAUUUUGAAGUUUAUGUGCGAAGAAAAGAAUUUCAAGUGA